CCCGACUUCUCCAGAAAGGAUAGUACCCCUACAUAAUCGAUUUAAUUUCUAGUGAGAAGUUGAGAACAGUAGUUCGUGAUGCCGAUAGCAAGUUCAGGUAACUUACUCGGUAGCGCCGUGUGGUACAGUUUCAAUUCGAGCAUCACAGCCCUCAAGACGCACUGAGGAAAUCCUAUCACGAAUUGUAGUAUACUUAUCAGUACUAAUCAACGAUUAGUGGCUCAUCAGGUCCCAUUCGAUCUCAUGUCAGAGCAAGAAGUUGUCGCUGGUCUCCGCUGGAACAACAGUGCAGGUGUGCCAAUCAUUACCCUGAUGUUAUAUGAGUAUUUUCUUCUGUUAGACAAAGAGGUUGAUUAUGUCUGGAAACGACCCUGGUCGGUAAUGUCAUGCCUGUACCUCGUUGUUCGAUAUUUUGGUAUUUUCCUAGCACUGCUGUGCGGCUUCUGGGGAGGUCUGUUAUACAUACCUGAAUCAGUCAGUUACGGUCUUAUCGUUCUAAUUGAAUGGGGAUUUUCAGUAUAUUUUUGGUUUGCGGAGGCCAUUCUCAUCUGGCGCCUUUAUGCCAUAUACAACCAAUCCAAGCUCCUGCUUUAUGUUCUGGUGGAAUUGUUUUUGCCUGUCGUCGCCCUCUCAAUCGCAACGGACAUCUAUCUAUACAGUCGACGCAAUGUGUUCUCAGUGAAAGAAAUCAUAACUCCGCACGCUAAGUACUGCACUCUUUCCUUCAACACAGGGCCUAUGCCUACGAUCUAUACUUCCAUCCCCAUUGUGUGCUAUGAUAUCUUACUAGUUGCUCUCGCAGCUGCCAUCCUCGCGAGGCACUUCAAGGAACGGAGGGAAAUCCAAAUGAGGGCUAAUACCUAUAUGGUUAUGAUCGUCCGGUAUCAUAUCCUGUAUUUUGCCCUGAAUUUGACAAACCAAAUCUUACUGGUUAUAUUAUGGGCUCAUAUUCCGACACCAGCGAUGAGUCUCUCAGAGCUUUUCAGCGAUACUGCGCCAUUUAUUCUCGCUCCCCGUCUCAUCAUCAGUAUUUGGGAUACGCAUGCCCAUGAUGACUGCGUAGAAGUCAGUACGACGUUCGAGGACUGUGUAUGUUGGACUUCUCCACCGAGGUUCGAGCAGCACGAGAUGGACUCCGUCGUAUAAUUCUGGCUUGCUGGUUCCUCAGCAUGAAGACAGAAAUGACCGGGAAAGAGCAAGGCGGCCAAUUUUUUUUGGCGCCUGGUGGUGUGCAUAGUAGUCACACCUUGAUCUGUUGAAAAUAUAAUAUAGACCGAAUGAUGCAACAUCAGCACGGUUCCCUGCGGGUGCCAGUGCAUAACCUUUGACGAACACUGAUAAC